GUCCACCACCGCCCUCGAACACCACGUCCAAUACCAGGCCCAGCCUGGCGAUCUUUGAUCACUGCGUGUGAGCAGGAAGUCAAGGCCAUAUUGUGCGCUACGCUGCGUGAAGAAGACGUGUUGAAGAGCAAUGUCACCGGAGCAAAGCUGAGGUGUGUCGUGAAGCAUUUUUACAUUUCCUGUCUUGGAACGCCACAAAGACGAAGACUGAAGUUGGAAAAUGUUGGGAAACUCUCGCCCCUUCUCUUACUCGCCGAGGAGCUUUCCUCCGGAUGAGUUCCCUCAUUCCAGGUGGGCUCUCCAGCAAGACGACUACAGGGGGUCUUCACCUCAGAGCUCUCAAAGAAACGUGUCUCGACCAACGGGCAAAUCCAUCUAUAUGCAGAGAAAGGAGUACUCGGAGGUGCUCACCAGGCAGCCUGACGACCUUCAGACCAGAGUGGAGCACGUGCUGACCUGCGAGCUGGAUGGCCAGCAGCUGGUGUCACUGGACGACUGCGUGGCCAAGGUCACAAGGCUGGACGCCAAAGGUCGUCUGUGGCCUCAGGAGAUGAUCCUGGAGGUGCAAGGAGGAUACCUGCUGCUCUGCGACACCGAGACCAAAGGAGAGCUGGAGGCUCUGCCUCUGAGGAACAUCCAGCAGACCAGAGCCGUGUUGGACAGCUGCUCUUAUGAUGCUCUUCUGAUGGUGACCACCAGGGAAGGCGGCAAACGCUUCCCCCAGGUCUACAUCUUCCAGUGCGAGGAGACCGGGGCGGAGCUUCUCAAGCGUGACCUAGACAAGUUUGUCCAAAGAGGAGGUGAGCGAGUGCCGCCACGCAGCGACCAGACAGUCCCCAGGCAUGAUAAUAUCGGGCCUCGAUCUCCUGGAGGUUUCCAGCAGGCUGCAGCUCAUGCUGUGCAGAAAGAAAGACCCUACCAACCACCGCUGCCUCCCCCAGAGUACCCCCUCCCACGGUGGACCUACAGAGAACCUGAAGACACCCCCCCUCCCCACCUGUAUGCCCCCAAAGAGGAGCCAAUGCAUGAUCUGGGCAGCCCCCACGCCAGUCUGGAGGCAUCCGAGCAGACCGAGGCUGACAGGAACACGGACAUUUUAAACCACGUUUUAGAUGACCUGGAGAUCUUCCUGGGAAAGGUGUUAGCUGCCAGGAAUGGGCCCCCCCCUCAGCAGGAUGGUAGGAGCCAAAGGAAGGGCGUGUUUAAGAAGAAAAACACCAAGAGCGCAGCCGUCCAUCUGCCCCCCCCCCAGGAAUUUGUCUCUUGUCUUCAGAAACUGAAAUAUGGAUUCAAUCUGCUGGGCCUGCUGGACGGCUCCCUGGCCAAGACCAGCGCCCCCGACUACGUCCACAUCUUCUUCACCAGCUUAGCGACUAUUCUUCCCCACUUCCAUGCGCACCUGCCCCCCACCGUGGUGGCCCCGUUGCUGACGGAGGCCGCCCUGAGGCUGCUCAGGCGGGUGGUCAGCCCGGAGGAAGACCAGCUCUGGAGGUCUCUGGGAGACAGCUGGAACAUCCCCAGGUCUCGAUGGCCGGCCGACGUCCCCCCCUACAUCCCCGAGUUCUACGGCGGCUGGCAGCCACCCGCCCCGCGCCCCAGGCGUGCCCAGGUGGCUUAUGAGAACGACCACGUGAGCAGGACCAGCAGCCAGCGCUACCCAGCGAGACCAGACUCCUGGCCCGUGAAGGAAGGUCGUGACCUCAUGCGUGUCAUGUAUGACAUCGUGGCCCGAAACAGCAGGGAGCUCACGGCGAUGAAGGGCGAAGUGGUGGAGGUGCUUCAGCGGUCUAAGCAAUGGUGGCUGGUGCGCAAUGAUCGUGGGCAGGAUGGCAACGUUCCUCAGAAUGUUCUGGAGCCCAUCAGGGGCGGCAUGCCAGCGGAGGAUAUGCUGCGGCGAGCAUCUCCUGGCCCAGCGUCCCUAAACAUGGCCUCCUCCCCUGCAGAGGUCAGAGCGUGGCUGCAGCACCGAGGCUUCUCCAAAAUCACCGUCGCCAGCCUGGGGGUCCUGACGGGUAGGAUGCUCCUGCAGAUGGGCAGGGACGAGAUGAGGACCGUGUGUCCGGAGGAAGGGGGGAAGGUCUUCUUCCAGCUCCAGGCCAUUAAAUCAGCCAUCGCGCUGGCCAGUGAACCCUCGGGUCCGUAUGAUGGACGCUACUGAUGGACCGGCCUUAAGGGGACCUACUGGGCCCACUUCCACCCUUUCUAUUGACUUGUGGCCUCCUGUAGAGCGGCUACACACAAUGACCCGCACAGAAAACCUCACACUAGAUCUUCCACAAUUCCACAGAAUUCCACAGACCCAUCCCAAACUUCUUUCAGGGCUCACUUCCUAAGGCGCAGCAAACCUGACGGUCCCAAAUGUUGGAAUGGUAACUCCGGAAGGCAACAUUCUAACUCCAUUUAUUGGUCCCCUUUAAGUUCCUUCCUCUUGACGUUCAGACGCUUUUAACAUGAUGAUUGAAAUAAUCCACACAACUAAUGACUAUAAUUAUUGGUACAGCUAUAAACACAACCAUGCUAAAUAUUCAUAUAGUCAGGCGUGUUAAUAAAGUGUCCUUGGAAAACACUUGGACUUGGACUUGGAUU